UUUACAAAAUUUGGGACAAAUGUCGUCUGGCGUAAAGAAUGACAAUUGACGUAAAAACAAACAAAUAAAUUACAUUUUUAGGCUGUUUAAAUUUGCAAAGACGGCACUUUCAGGUCUGAAUCAACCGGUAGGUGACGGUGGAGUUCUUGAAUGGCUGGGGACUCCAAGAAAACGGAGUAUUUUCCGCCGUGCUGGGACGACGACGAACGCAUGAGUUAUCUGUUUUCGGACUUUCGGCAAAACAGGACAGUAAACCCAAAAGACUGGGACAAUAAACUUAAAUUCUGGUCGCAGCUGAUCGAGGAAAGGUGCAAAAAGAAGAGAUGUGCUGUGUUUGAGUGCGACAGAGCAGCUGAAGGGUUAAGAAGAAAAGGUCGGCUACCUAUGGGAUUGGAUAGAGUCCUUCGAGAAAUGGCAAACAAUGGACAAAUUGUCAGCAUUGAUGAAUUCAAAAACAGCGUGAAUGCAUCGUGGUUAUCUUGGGGCGUUCAUCAGUUUAUGAGACGACCAGUGUCAUGGGCUGUUGGCUACAUGUUUAAGGGCAGUGAGUCAAAGCUAAGUGGAAGCUACAUUCUCAUGGAUGUGUUGAAGGAAAUCUCAGAGUCCAUUUUAGACACCCAUCGACAGUGUGAGAAGAUGGACAAUCUUGUAGACUAUGCGACUCUCAGAGAUGCAUGUCAAGAUGUUUGUGGUGAUGAGAUGACCUUUGACCUUGUGCUUCUCUACCUGCAAAAGAUGAAGAAGGCCCAUGUAGAAGUAAUACCAGAUGGCUCAAAGGUUGUAAAAUUUGCCCGCAAGAACCAGCCAAAUGUGUCUCCACUCAAUGAAACAGAACUUGGUGUACUAAGUUUAAGGAAAACAAUUGAUUCAUUGGAGAAACAAAUAGAACAACUUCACAAAGACAUGACAAAUCUUCGAUCAGAGGCAUCUCUAAGCAUUCGCAAGGGUCUGAAGUCUUCGGCCAAGAACAUCUUGAGGAGGAAGAAGUUGAUUGAGAGGUCUCUGGAUAAGAAAGAGACCAUGUUAGAUACACUCAUACAACUCCGAGACCAAAUACAUGGAGCGGAGACGAAUAACAUGACUCUUGAAGCAUAUAGAGCAGGAGCUAGUGCGUUGAAACAGACGAUGAAAACAAAUCAACUUACACCAGAGGAUGUAGAUGAUACAAUGUCAGAAGUUCAAGAGGUAAUGGAGUUAUGUGCUGAAAUAGACGACGCAAUGUCACACGGAAACAAAGCAAUAGACGAGUCCGUUUCCUUCUCUGCUGGGUUUGACACUGAGCUACUUGAAGAUGAACUUGCCGAACUCCUUGACGAAUCAACACCUCUAGAAAACCAAACUCAAGCAUCGCCAAAAAGCAAAGUGGGCAAUUCGUCUGCAAGCGGGAAGGACUUCCUCGCCGAUUUUCCAAAGGUACCAGAAUCUGAUCCACAAAGCCCAAGUAAAAUUGACGAACACCCUACAGCGUUGUUAACAAGUUAACAAAUGAUGCUUGGUGUGGCUGGUAGGUAAAAGACACAUAUUUGUUACACAUUGAUGUAGUUUUGUUAUGUGCUGAUAAAGAUUUAUGCCCCUGUAUCGUCAUUAUACUUAUACACCUGGGCUCAAUUUCAUACAGCUGCUAAGCAGAGAACACUGCUUAGAAAAAUUCUUUGCUAAGCAAAAAAUUAGUU